CUCUCUCCCUCCCUCCGGAUUCAUCACAAACAACAUUCCUGGCAGUUUGUUUGUUGUCAUCCAUUCUUCUUCUCUUGUCCUUAUCCCCCACCAGCAUUUGGUUACUUCUGCUCGCUCUCUCUCUCUCUUCGUCCUUUUUUCUUUUCAUCUUUCUUUUCCCUUGUUCUUUGCUCUCAGGACGAAUCCUGAUCACUCGAGGACUUCUUCUUUUCGUGUGAUCUGUAUAUAUAUCUACACAUAUUUAUACGCAUACAUAUUGGCCUCAAACCCGUGCAUUCAAGCUUCUGAAGUUGCGAGUUGUUGGCUAACGCAUGGAUUUCGGUUUCCCCGACAGCACUUGAAGAACCGUUGAUCCAUACAACCCACUACAACCUGGAAUCUGACGACCUCUUACUCUUCUUCAGCUCCUUCGUUUUCGUCUACAUACCGAAACAAUGGCGUCCUCGACGUCCGGCGAAGAGCGUCAACCCGAGAAGGAGGUUCCUACGAGCACCAUAGAUGCCGAGGCCGGUGGCUCCUCUGUCAAUGGCAAGCCGUGGAUGUAUAGACCGCUGAAGAUUGGACCGUGGAAGUUGCCCUGGUUCGCCUCGCCGGAGACCCAGUUGGUGUUGGUCUCUUUUGUUUGCUUCCUCUGCCCGGGCAUGUUCAAUGCCGUCAGCGGCCUUGGUGGUGGUGGCCAAGUCAACCAGACCGACGUGAGCAAUGCAAACACUGCCCUGUACAGCACAUUUGCCGUGGUUGGGUUCUUCGCCGGCUCCAUUGCCAACCGUAUUGGUCUCCGUCUUACGCUGUCUCUGGGCGGAUUCGGUUAUUUCCUCUAUGUCGCAUCGCUCUUGUCGUACAAUCACAAUGAGAAUGCCGGCUUCCUCAUCUUUGCCGGUGCUCUUCUCGGUGUCUGUGGCGGCCUGCUGUGGUGCGCCCAGGGUGCAGUCAUGAUGAGCUACCCGAAGGAAGAAGAGAAGGGAAAGUUCAUCUCCAUCUUCUGGGUGAUUUUCAACCUAGGCGGCGUCAUCGGCAGUUUGAUCCCCCUGGGACAGAACAUGCACUCGGACGCAGGGCGGGUUAAUGACGGUACUUAUAUCGCCUUCAUGGUCCUCAUGGCGGUCGGCUUCGCUCUCGCCUGGACUCUUUCCGACUCUAAAUACGUCAAACGCAGUGAUGGCUCGCAUGUCAUUGUGAUGAAGAAUCCUACCUGGAAGUCCGAAUUCCUCGGGCUGUACGAAACACUGCGGACCGAUUAUUACAUCGUCCUCUUCUUCCCCAUGUUUCUGGCGAGCAACUGGUUUUACGGAUACCACUUCAACAGCGUCAAUGGCUCGUAUUUCAACGUUCGCACCCGGUCGUUGAACAGUCUGCUUUAUUGGCUGAUGCAAAUGGUUGGCGCCUUCGUCUUCGGCUUCACCCUUGACCUCAAGUGGUUAUCCCGUCCCAUGCGCGCCAGGCUCAAUUUUUUCCUCCUCUUCGCCCUCACCAUGGGCACCUGGGGCGGCGGCUAUGCCUUCCAGAAACAGUACACCCGGGAAACCGUCUUGGAAGCCAAGGAUUGGAGCAGCAGUGGCUACGUCGGUCCCAUGUUUCUCUACAUGUUCUACGGAUUCUAUGACGCCGCUUUUCAGACGUGCGCUUAUUGGUUCAUGGGAUCACUCAGCAACAAUGGUCGCAAGUUGGCCAAUUUUGCGGGCUUCUACAAAGGAAUUCAAUCCGCGGGUGCCGCAGGCAUGUGGCGGAUGGAGGGAGUCGAGACGCCCUUCAUGACAGAAUUCGCUUCCUGCUGGGGGUUGCUCGUCGGCAGCCUUCUGAUCGCGUCCCCCGUGAUCCUGUUCAAGAUCAAGGAGAGCACGGACAUGGAAGAUGAUCUCAAAUUCUCCGACGAGACCGCUCAGGAUGUAAUGGGCGUCCCCUUGGAGGAUCAACAACCAACCGAAAACAAGGAUGAGAAGCAUGUUCCCGUCGCUUGAGUUUUCCUGGUUAUAUUCUUACAUAUGUAUUUUUUUUUAAUCCACUUCCGCCGCUGCGGAAGGCUCAUGCAACGACGGCAUGACGAGAUGGCUUUCUUCUUGUGGGCAGUUUAUUGACUGCUUUUGAUGUUAUAUAAUAUUUUUUUUUCUACGGACACUUGUGGUCGAGUUUUAGCUUGCUUGUUUCGUGGGCGC